AUGAGAUUAUUAAUUACAGUUUUUUUAGCUUUACUUUCAAUUUCUCAAGUAUUUGCACAAUCUUCCUCAUGUAUAUUUCAACUUCCAGAUAACAGUACACUCAACUUUUCAGCCUUAGAUUUAUCUACUGUUUCCCCAUAUGUAUACAAUUUACCAUAUGUUAAAAAUACAAAAAUUACAUUUAAUUUUUGUGGUGAAGCAUCUUAUUGUUCAGUUGUAGAUCCAGGAUCAUCAAUUUGUUCAACAAAUUCUACAACCAAUACAAUUUAUUCAUUCGGCAGUUUUUCAAGAGGAGAAAUCACUGCACCACUCCCAAGCAAUAUUCCAGGUACUGGCAUUCAAUUGAAAUAUUCAGGUAAUCCAAAAAAAAUCUGUGGUGGUUCAAAAACUAGAAACUCAUACCUUAAUUUAGUUUGUGCUGAUGUUUCUGCUCCACAAGUAGUAAGUGCUAUUACUCCAUGGGACCCAAACGGUGUUCUUUGUCAAAUUACUCUUCAAAUUAAUGUACCAUGCCCAGGUCUCUCCUUCCCAUAG